UUUUGUAGCAUCAAAUGUAAGCCACACCCUGUUUAAAAAAGAACGAAAUGUAUCUUCAAAUUAGUUGAAAUCUGUUAGAGAGACACGAGUUAUCAAAGGAUUUAAAAGUAUAAAAACCUUAUUUAAUUGUAUUGUAACACUUUCCAAGGCUUUAAAAGUAACUUAGAAGAAAUGAAUGUAUUAAAUGUAUUUUGUGUUACUUCAAAAUCUAAAAGAAGAGUAUUUUUUAUCAGUUUUAUUUUAUUACUAUUAGAAACUGUAACUAGUUUACCUCUUCACUGUAACAUUACAGUGAAAGACAGUGAUAAAGAAAAUACACAACCAUGGGAAAACAUGAGAUUGAUUGAUGAUAUCGUUCCAUACAAUUACUUUCUGGCAGUUGAGGUAAAUAUGGAUAAUGACUUCUUCGAUGGCGAGGUUAGCAUUUACGUUAACGUAACUAAAUCAACUAAUGUAAUUUUAGUUCAUCAAGUCGACCUCCAAAUUAAUAAUGUGUUAUUGAAAAACGUUGAAGACAAUCAAAUUCAGAUUGAUAGUCACUUUAACUAUUUUGCCAAUGAAUAUUACGUAAUAAAAGUCGCUUCAAUGCUCUUAGCUAAUAUGUCGUACGUAAUUUUUAUUGAUUUUAACGGAACAUUGCGUUCAGAUCUUAAUGGAUUUUAUAAAAGUAGUUAUACGGAAAAUAAUAUUACACACAAUAUUGCAUCAACAUUUUUCUCUCCUAUAAGUGCACGAAAAGCUUUUCCGUGUUUUGAUGAGCCAAAGUUUAAAGCAACAUUUUCAUUGUCUCUUACUCAUAAUGAAAAAUAUCAUGCUAUUUCAAAUAUGCCUAAAUCAAUAAGCAAGGAAAAUGGAACGAAAAUAUCCACUUUGUUUCAAACAACGCCAAUAAUGUCAACAUAUACUCUUUGCUGGGUAGUUUCUAAUUAUAAACACAUCAAGUUAAUAACUGAUAAUGGAUUAGUUAUAAAAGCUUGGGCGCCUCACAAUCAACUUGCUGAUACAGAGUAUACAUUAAAUGCAACAGUAAUGCUUCUAAAGUAUUUUGAAGAUUACUUUAAAAUACCAUUUUUAUUGAAAAAACUUGAUAUUGUUGCCAUACCAAACUUUGGACCAGGAGCAAUGGAAAAUUGGGGUCUAAUAACCUAUAGAUCUGACAAAAUGUUAAUAAAUAAUGAAUUAUCAACAGAAAUAGAUAAGCAAGCAACUUUUUUAAUUAUUGCUCAUGAAUUAGCGCAUCAAUGGUUUGGUAACCUAGCAACGAUGAAGUUUUGGACUGAUACUUGGUUAAAAGAAGGUUUUGCUAGUUACAUGAGUUAUUAUGGAUCUGAUCAACUUAAACCAAAUAUGGAAUCUAUGAAAAAAAUUUUUACUGACCUAAUGAUACCGGCUUUUAAAUUAGAUUCUUUUUUGACUUCGCACCCAAUUUCAACAAAAGUAAUUAAUUCUAAUGAAAUUAGAGAAAUCUUCGAUACGAUAACAUACAACAAAGGUUCAUGCAUUGUCCAAAUGCUUCAUAGUUAUUUAGGAAAAGAAAAAUUCAGAAAGGGACUCCAACAGUAUCUCAACAUAUUUUCAUAUAAAAAUGCCGAUCAAGAUGAUUUAUUGAAACAACUAAGGAAUGAUAAGUCCGUAAUGGACACUUGGACUUUGCAACUUGGUUUUCCAGUUAUCUCCAUUGAUAGAAUAGAUAACGAAACAGUUAUUGUAUCUCAAGAACGAUUCAGCCUGGACAUUUUAAAUAAAGAGUUUACCUACAUAAAAAAGCAGGGUGAUGAGUCAGUAAUUGGUGAAAUCUAUAUAAGAAAGCAGGAAGAUGAGUCGAACGAAAACGACUAUUAUCCGUGGCAAGUAACUUUAUCUGAGUUAAGUUUUAUUGAUCAUGUUAAAAAUGAGGAUAAUAUUAAAGAAAAGUUUCAAAAUAAACAAAUACGAAUUGCAAUUGAUUAA